AUGUGCGAGACGAGACGCGAAGAGAGAGACACGGUGAAGAAGAAGAAGAAGAAGAAGAGAGGGAGAGACAAGAAUGGAGAUGCAGAAAGAGGUCUAAAGUUGGCGAGGCGUCGAGAGGCGGGCGCAGGGGGUAAAGGAGAAGAGCCAGCUGGAGAGAUUCUGGAAGAAAUUAAUACGGGCUGUGGGGCCCGGGCGCCCACGGUCAAGAGUUUCAGCGGGCUCGACCCCCAAGGUUUCAGCGGACAGAAGCUUGGCUUACAGGGCGUGAGAUGCUUAGCCUUUCUGGUUCACUCUGAGCGACAGGGGUCAACUAGCACAUGGAACUGGAACUGGAACUGA